AUGCCUCCUCCACCACCUCCGCCGCCGCCGCUCCCGGGUAUGGGGGGGCCACCGCCUCCUCCCCCUCCCCCUGGCGGACUUCCACGGCCGGCUGCUGGUGCUGGCCGAGGUGCUUUACUUAGCGAUAUAUCGAAAGGGAGGGCCCUUAGAAAGGCCGUUACGAAUGAUCGUUCAGCUCCCCAGGUAGCGAAGGCGUCAGGGGGAGGAGGAGGCGGAAUGCCCACUGGAGGAGCACCACCUGUUCCUGUAAUACCUAGGGGGGCUCCAGCCGUUCCGGGCGGCCUCGCACCACCGGUCCCGGGAAAUAGAGCUAGCAACAAUGACCAUAGUAGCGGCGGAGUGGCAGAGCCCGCGCCGCAGUUAGCAGGUUUAUUUGUGGGCGGCAUGCCGAAGCUAAAGAAACGAGGUGGAGGUGUAGAUACAGGAGAAUCGUCAGGCCCGAAAGCGCCGUUAGUACCGAGACCGCCUGUCGGAUCCGCCCCCGCCGUACCAAUAGCUCCAGCUCGUGCAGUACCCACACCCCCGACUACGGUCUCUCACGCCUCGGUAGCGACUCUAAGGAAGGCGAUCAGUGAUGUCCCAAGACCAGUCUCGAUGGCAUCAGCAGCAUCCUCAAAAGGCCCCCCGCCGCCAAUAGGGAAAAAGCCGCCUCCUCCGCCCGGGUCCAGGAAACCCUCAACCGCACCAUCACACUCUCACCUGUCUCUUCCUCCUCCUUUACCGGGCUCACAUGCGCCGCCUCCACCCCCAUCAUCUGCUCCAGCGCCGCCGGCACCUCCACCUCCACCACCAACAUCUGCGCCGGCACCGCCACCUCCGCCGCCAGUAUCGGCACCCGCACCACCACCGCCUCCCCCAGCCGCGGCUCCCAGACCACCCCCUGCUACAACGCGAUCACAACCCCCUCCUCCUCCGCCCUCAGGACCACCAUCUAACUCAACAUCACCAAAUAUAGCAGUCCAAGCAGCAAUGCGUGCAACGGCAACAGGAGGCCGUGCUUCUUCUCCUACCGGCGUACUACCCCCUCUCCCCCCGUCUUCCGCGCCAACACCACCUCCCGUAGUGCGAGAUCCGCCUUCGAAUCGCCAGCGCGCCAGCUCGAAUCUCCGCUCGAUGCUAGACCCGAGCACAUACACGCUAGUCCCCAACGGCACCAGCAAGAGCCCGAGCCCUACUCCCACAGGAAGCGCGAUACCCAGCCCGCGCGAGGCGAGCAGAGGCGAGCGGUAUAUCAUCCACGACAGCCGCUGGCGUUUCAAGGAUGAGAGCGAAUUCCCCAAACCCCGACCCUUCCAAGGCGGUCCCCGCAAGUACCGAGCCGGUCGUGGGAGCAGCGUGCCGCUGGACCUAAGUGCGCUCUAG